UUUUUAUCCUUUAGCUGAGUCUGGGCUCUCCUUUCAUUUUCUGAUUUUUUUUUUUUCUUCCUUGGGUGGGGGUGGUGUCUGGGGCUUUGGGCGGUAGCGGCGGUGGCUCCCACUGCCGGCGCCGCCGCUGCUCGCCCGCGCUCCCUCAGUGCGCUGCGAGCGGAGAGAUCCCGGUUCCCGUGCCCACACAGCUCCCGGAGCGCCCUGCUGAGGUGAGGUGACUCGGACGCGUUCGUAGAGCCCAGUUCCGUGUGGUGAUGGUGAUUUUGUUCCGUCUGGUUAACUGUGAAGACCCGGAGUUUGGAGAAACCGAGGUGGUUUCUGCAGUUAAAGUUUACAAACUGUUCUGCCUGUAAAUAGACCGGCUUUUCUCGAUCUCGACUUCUCACCGCGGCAUGUCGUAAUUCAGAAAAUAAAAUGAGGCUGAGAUGGCUGAGGGCUAGCGGGGCGCAUUCGGGACCGUGAUGGCUCAGUUUCCCGCAGCCAUGAAUGGAGGGCCAAAUAUAUGGGCCAUCACCUCCGAAGAGCGGGCCAAGCAUGACAAGCAGUUUGAUAGCCUUAAACCCACGGGAGGUUACAUCACAGGUGAUCAAGCACGUAACUUUUUUUUGCAAUCGGGUCUGCCAUCUUCAAUCCUUGCUCAAAUAUGGACACUCUCGGACCUGAACAGGGAUGGAAAAAUGGAUCAACUGGAGUUCUCUAUAGCCAUGAAACUCAUCAAGCUGAAAUUGCAAGGACAGAACUUGCCUUCAGUUCUCCCUCCUGUCAUGAAACAAACUCCAGGGUUUUCACCACUAAUGUCAGCUCGCUUUGGAAUGGGUAGUAUGCCAAAUCUGUCCAUGCCAACGUCUGUGUCUGCGAUCACACCAUUAGCUCCUAUGUCUCUGACCUCCAUGACUUCCAUUCCUCCUUUGGUUAUCUCUGCUCCCCUGGUGCCUUCUGUCAGUACCUCCUCGUUGCCAAAUGGAACAUCCAGCCUUCUACAGCCUUUAUCCGUACCUUUUUCCUCAACUCUGCCUCAUACUGGUUCUUUAGGCCCCAUGGCAGGAGGAUUUGGUGGUUCCAGUAUGCAGAAGGCACAGUCACUAAUUGAUUUAGGAUCUAGCAGUGCAUCACUAGCUGGGAAUUCACCAAAGAUUACGUCCUCAGACUGGGCAGUUCCUCAGGCCUCCAGAUUAAAAUACAGACAGAAAUUUAACAGUCUUGAUAAAAGUAUGAGUGGAUAUUUAUCAGGAUUUCAAGCAAGGAAUGCCCUUCUGCAAUCAAAUCUUUCGCAGACUCAGCUGGCUACUAUUUGGUCCUUGGCUGAUAUAGAUGGAGAUGGGCAGCUGAAGGCUGAUGAGUUUGUGUUGGCCAUGCACCUCACAGACAUGGCCAAAGCUGGGCAGCCACUGCCCCUGACUCUGCCCCUUGAGCUGGUGCCACCUUCUUUCAGGAGUGGAAAAUAUACUGAAAAUAUAAAUGGAACUCUGCCAUCUUACCAGGCUGUACAAGAGGAGGAGCCACAGAAAAAACAGCCAGUGACAUUUGAGGACAAAAGGAAAGCCAACUAUGAGAGGGGAAAUAUGGAGCUGGAAAAACGCCGACAGGUCCUGCUGGAGCAGCAGCAGAGAGAGGCUGAAAGAAAGGCUCAGAAAGAACGGGAAGAACAGGAGCGAAGAGAGAGGGAACGCCAGGAGCAGGAACGGAAGAGGCAACUGGAGAUGGAAAGGCAGCUGGAGAGACAACGAGAGCUGGAGAGACAAAGGGAAGAAGAAAGGAGGAAAGAAAUAGAAAGGCGGGAGGCAGCAAAGCAGGAGCUCGAGCGCCAGCGACGACUGGAGUGGGAGAGGAUCCGUCACCAAGAACUUCUUAAUAAGCGUAACAGGGAACAAGAAGAAAUUGUCAAGUUGACCUCUAAAAAGAAGAGCCUUAAUCUUGAAUUAGAAGCCCUGACUGACAAACAUCAGCAGAUCUCAGACAGGUUGCAGGAUAUUCGUAGCAAAAAGCAAAUGCGAAAAACUGAGCUGGAGGCCUUGGAUAGGAAGUAUGACCAAGGAAUCAUGGAAAUCAAGCAACUACAGCAACAGCUUGAGGAUUAUCAGAACAAACUGAUCUAUUUGGUUCCUGAAAAGCAAUUGUUAAAUGAAAGGAUAAAGAAUGCUCAACUUGAAAACACACAGAGUACAGGAGUCAAUUCAGUGCACAAGAAGUCCCAAGAAAAGGAAGAAUUAUGCCAAAGACUUAAAGAACAGCUAGAUGCCCUUGAGAAGGAAACUGCUUCUAAACUUGCUGAAAUGGAUGAAUUUAACCGUCAGCUUAAGUGUGAGAAUAUGGAUGAUUCUGUUCUUCAGUGCCUUUUGUCUCUGCUAAGCUGUCUCAACAACCUCUUCCUCUUACUUAAGGACCUGAGGGAAAGUUACAGCACACAGCAAUUAGCCUUGGAGCAACUCCACAGGAUCAAACAGGACAAAAUAAGAGAGGUACAAAAAGGAAGAGCUGAACUUGCACAGAAGAAGCGACUGGAAGAUGAGGCUGCAAGGAAAGCAAAACGGGAGAAGGAGAACCGAUGGCAGGAAAAUAUCCGAAGGGAAGAGGAAGAGAAAAAGAAGCGACUGGAGGAAGAACGAAUGCAGGAAAAAGUCCAGGAAAAGCUGAAAGCUGAAGAAGCCGCUGCCAUGAUGAGAGAGAGGGAAAACAAAAAACAGCUUCUUGCAGAGGAGGAGAAAAACAGACAAGCCACGAUCUUGAGGGACGUGGAACAACAAAGGCAGAAGCAACUGGAAGAAGAUAAAAGAAAGCAAGAACAAAUAGCAAAAGAAGCUGAGGAGAGGCGCAAGCAGAACGAGGAGAUAAAAAAGAUAAAAGAAGCAACCAACUUUCAAGAGGUGGAUAAACACACUUCUAAAAUAAACAUAAAUGAAAAGUUUGCAGAUCUGUUGAAGCCAACAGAGGGGAAAAGUCUUAAGCCACCCUGGAAAAAUGAAGGCAAUGCAGUUGGUGCUGCAGAGUCGAGGAAUUCCAUUGCUUUGGUAAAUUACAGAGCUUUGUAUCCAUUUGAGGCAAGGAACCAUGAUGAGAUGAGCUUUAAUACUGGAGAUGUAAUUCAGGUUGAUGAAAAAACUGUGGGAGAGCCUGGUUGGCUUUAUGGGAGUUUUCAAGGACAUUUUGGUUGGUUUCCGUGCAAUUAUGUAGAAAAAAUACCAGAAGGAGAAAAAGCUUUAUCUCCUAAGAAAGCCUUACUUCCUCCUACAGUAUCUUUAUCUACUACCUCAGCUGCUUCAGAACCACUUUCACCAAGUAAAUCUGCAGAAGAAUCUGAUUACCAAAAUAUCCCCUUUUCCAGCCUGAAUGUUAACACAGCCUGGCAGCAGAAAUCAGCUUUUACUCGCACUGUUUCCCCUGGAUCUGUUUCACCCAUUCAUGGACAGGGGCAGCCUGUAGAGAACCUAAAAGCACAAGCACUUUGCUCUUGGACUGCAAAAAAAGAUAACCACUUGAAUUUUUCAAAGAAUGACAUCAUCACUGUCCUGGAGCAGCAGGAGAACUGGUGGUUUGGAGAGGUACAUGGAGGAAGGGGUUGGUUUCCAAAGUCCUAUGUCAAGCUCUUACCUGGGAGUGAAACCAAGAAAGAGGAACCAGAAGCUAUUUAUGCAGCUGUAAACAAAAGGCCUAAUACCCAGAGUUACCCAGCAGGAGAGGAGUAUGUUGCCCUCUACCCGUACUCAAGCUCUGAGCCUGGUGAUUUGACAUUCAUGGAAGGUGAGGAGAUCCUGGUGACCCAGAAGGAAGGGGAGUGGUGGACUGGGAGCAUCGAUAACAGAACUGGAAUCUUCCCCUCCAAUUACGUCAGACCAAAAGAUCCAGAUGCUUCUAGCUAUGCUGGCAAAACUGGAACAAUAAAUAAGAAACCCGAAAUCGCUCAGGUUACUACUGCCUACGCUGCAUCAGGAACUGAACAGCUCAGUCUCGCUCCAGGACAGCUGAUACUUAUUUUGAAGAAAAAUGCCAGUGGAUGGUGGCAAGGAGAGUUGCAGGCAAGAGGGAAAAAGAGACAGAAGGGAUGGUUCCCUGCCAGCCAUGUGAAACUGCUGGGUCCAAGCAGUGAAAGAACCACAUCAGCUGCUCCCUCAGUGUGCCAGGUGAUAGCCAUGUACGAUUACACGGCAAACAAUGAGGACGAGCUCAGUUUCUCCAAGGGGCAGCUGAUUAAUGUGCUGAACAAAGAUGAUGCUGACUGGUGGCAAGGAGAAAUCAAUGGUGUGACAGGUCUCUUCCCCUCAAACUACGUGAAGAUGACCACAGAUUCCGAUCCAAGUCAGCAAUGGUGUGCUGAUCUCCAGAGCCUUGACACCAUGCAGCCCAUGGAAAGGAAGAGGCAGGGCUACAUUCACGAGCUCAUUCAGACAGAAGAGAGGUACAUGGAUGAUCUGCAGCUCGUUGUAGAGGUUUUCCAAAAACCAAUGGCUGGUUCAGGCUGUCUCACAGAAGGAGAAAUGGGGCUGAUCUUUGUUAACUGGAAGGAAGUCAUCAUGUCAAAUACAAAGUUACUGAAAGCCUUGCGGGUGCGUAAGAAAACGGGAGGUGAGAAGAUGCCGGUGCAGAUGAUUGGGGACAUCCUGGCAGCAGAGCUGUCCCACAUGCAGGCCUACAUUCGGUUCUGCAGCUGCCAGCUCAACGGAGCGUCCCUGCUGCAGCAGAAAACUGAUGAAGAUGCCGAUUUCAAAGACUACUUAAAGAAACUUGCCCUGGACCCUCGCUGCAAAGGAAUGCCCCUCUCCAGCUUCCUCCUGAAACCCAUGCAAAGGAUAACACGCUACCCUCUGCUCAUAAAGAGUAUUCUAGAGAACACUCCAGAGAGCCACCCAGAUCACAGUAACCUCCGGCUCGCCCUGGAGCGUGCGGAGGAGUUGUGCUCCCAGGUGAACGAGGGUGUGCGCGAGAAGGAGAACUCGGACAGGCUGGAAUGGAUCCAGGCCCAUGUCCAAUGUGAAGGCCUUGCUGAGCAACCCGUGUUCAACUCCCUCACAAACUGCUUGGGACCACGGAAGCUCCUGCACAGUGGGAAGCUGUACAAGGCCAAGAGCAGUAAGGAGCUGUAUGGAUUCCUUUUCAAUGACUUCCUGCUGCUCACCUACAUGGUUAAACAGUUUGUGUCUUCUGGAUCUGAUAAAUUGUUCAGCCCCAAAUCCAACUCCCAGUUCAAAAUGUACAAAAUGCCCGUUUUCCUUAAUGAAGUCCUUGUGAAGCUUCCCACAGACCCUUCAAGUGAUGAGCCAGUUUUUCACAUAUCACACAUUGACAGAGUUUACACACUUAAAACUGACAACAUUAAUGAGCGGACUGCCUGGGUCCAGAAAAUCAAAGCAGCAUCAGAGCAAUACAUUGAAACGGAGAAGAAGAAACGUGAAAAGGCUUAUCAAGCUCGUUCACAGAAAACCUCAGGAAUAGGACGCUUGAUGGUGCACGUGAUUGAAGCAACGGAACUAAAGGCCUGUAAGCCCAAUGGGAAGAGCAACCCAUACUGUGAGAUCAGCAUGGGCUCACAGAGCUACACUACCAGGACCCUGCAGGACACCCUGAACCCCAAGUGGAACUUCAACUGCCAGUUCUUCAUCAAGGAUCUGUAUCAGGAUGUCCUGUGUAUCACCAUGUUUGACAGGGAUCAGUUCUCACCCGAUGAUUUUUUGGGUCGCACUGAAGUUCCAGUAGCAAAAAUCAGAACAGAACAAGAGAGCAAAGGCCCCACAACUAAACACUUACUGCUGCAUGAAGUUCCAACAGGAGAAGUGUGGGUGCGCUUUGACCUGCAGCUGUUCGAUCAGAAAACACUCCUCUAAGAACACUUUUUUUUUUAAUUUAUGAAGGACAACUGAAGCUAACAGCCUGAACAGCUUUUGGUAAAAGAUUUUUUUUGUCCCAUGCUGCUUAUUAAGCAAGAAUUCCUGCUGCUUCUGUAUUUCCUCUUAGUUCCUGGUUGCGCUUAGUUCCUUGCAGUGUUCCAAGUUGUUGUUGAUCUAUGCAAACACAAAUGUUACUGUAAAUACAGUACUAUAGCUCAGUGCCUUUUUAUUAUGUUGGAAUUUCUUGGGUUUGGAUGCCAAUGUUUCCAUUUUCAGGGCCAUAAAAAGUAUUACAUAGAAAUGUGGCACCAAGCUGUUUGUAUAUUUUACCACUUAGUCUGACAGACAGACUGAGGAAUGGUUUAAGCUGAGCACUAGAAUCAUUCCAUUUGAAAUCUUAAAAGUGAUAUCCACUGGAAUUUCCCCAUCUCAGGAUGAUAGUUUUAACGGUUAAAUGCUGAAGAAGCCUUAGCACUGGAGAAGUCUCCAAUAUAUUGUAUAUUCUUUUAAGAAUCAAGUGUAGUUCUUUACUUGACUUUAGUUUUGCACUGGAAUCAGUAACUGCUACUUGAUUUUUCUUUUUGCUUCAAUUUGAUUUAUUCUUUGCUGAGACAAUGUGGUUGUGAAGAAUAACUAGAAAAAAAUAUUUUAAAUACUGUGACCCACAACAAUGUGGCAAAACACUCUUCAGCUCUUUGGGUUCCUAAAUAUAAGUUAUUUGUGUACAUUUCCUUGGUCUUCCAGACCUCCAUGUGAAUCUUGAAGCUUUGACAUUGCCAACAUGUAUAUAGAGAGUAAAAUAUAAGUUUAUUAAUUUGUCUACAGAUGUUUAUUGAUGCAUAGUGAUUUUUAAAAAGUAUAUUUUAUUGUACAGGGGAAUGUGAAACAAUGAGAAAAACUUACGGGAUUUGUUCAAGGAAAGUUUAUUACAAGUUUAAAAGGUUUGCUCUGGGGAACUGUCACCCCCUUAUAAACCUGUAAAAUUAACUGGUUGAAAGUAAAAACUUUCUCUUGGCACCAAAUCAGGGAUGGUUAAAAAAAAAAAAAAAAGGAAGUUUGUUUAUAAAUAUUUGAUA